AAAAGACCAAAUUUUGAAAUUUUGAAUUUCAAAAUUCAAAAAAUUUGAAAUUUAAAAAAGUAAAAAUUUCAGGAAGCAGGACAACUUCUCUUAACUUCUACCGUUUUGUUCUCCAUCAAGUUUCAGUUCUUUUUGCAUGAUCCUAUGAAUCUUCAGAUGGAUUCAUACAAAGACUCUGGCUAUCUGUACAAACUAGUCGUGCUAAACUUGGAAGGGUCUGUUGUUACUGCGUCAUGUUUGGAUUACCUCACAGCUCUCACUUCGUUGAAGUCGCUAAAUGUCAAUAGAUCUCACCUUUUAGAUGAUGGAUGUGAGAAGUUUUUGGGUAAGUGGAAGACAUUUGUUAUCUGCCAAAAAGAACUGACUAAAGCAAAACCAUUCCACAUUGUUAGCCAACCGUUUUAUAUCUGCAGCACUCAGCAGUUUGAAAGAGUUAAAUCUGGGAUUUAACAAUAUCAUGGAUACAUGAAUUUGUUGUGUAUCAUAAUAUUUUAUAUGUAUCAUGAAGUUUUGAAAAUUGUUAUAAUGUAUCAUUCAAUAAGUUUAGUAAAUGCGUCAUCAACUGUGCUUGAUGAUACAUAUAGAAUCAGUGUGUACAGUGUUUAGUCAAUGCAUUGAUACAUGUAGUAGAUAUGUAUCACAUGUUUUGCAUGUAGUAUGAAUUCCUGAAAACUGAUAUCAUGUAUCAGUAAGGUAUUAGUUGUUUAGUUGAUGUACUGAUACAUGUUUUGAA